AUGGCUGACAGAAAUUUGAGUGUGAUAACUGAGUUUAUCCUCCUGGGUCUAACUGAUGACCCUGUGCUGAAUACUGUACUCUUUGUGCUGUUCCUCUUAAUCUAUGUCAUUACAGUAGCAGGCAAUUUGUGGAUUAUUAUAAUGGUUUUAUCUACUGCCCAGCUUCAUUCCCCUAAAUACUUUUUUCUUAGUCACUUGGCUUUCUUGGAUUUUUGUUAUUCAUCAGUCUUUCUUCCCAAAAUGUUGUUAAACUACUUGGUAGGACAAAAAAGCAUCUCGUAUCACGGCUGCCUCCUACAGUAUUCCUUUGUCAACAUGUUCCUGACUGCAGAAUGCUUCCUGUUGGCUGCAAUGGCCUAUGAUCGGUAUCUUGCCAUCUGCAGUCCACUCCACUACAGAUGUCUCAUGACCCCCACAUUUUGCAUCUCUCUGGUGUCUGCCUCUUACCUGCUGGGGUGUGCCAACUCACUUACACACCUGAGGAGCCUUCUCAAACUGACUUUCUGUAGGUCCAAUGUAGUUGACCACUAUUUCUGUGACAUCCCAUUGCUCUUUAAGCUCUCCUGCUCUGAUACCUACCACAGUGAAGCUUUAUUCAUCGUUCUUUCAGGAGCCACAUCCAUAACUACAUUUCUGAUAGUAGUUAGCUCCUAUCUAGGGAUUCUAAUCACUGUUCUGAAAAUGCAUUCUGCCAGAGGAAGUUAUAAGGCUUUAUGUACAUGUGCGUCCCACCUAACCGUGGUAACACUCUUCUACGGAACAGUGAUAUCCACUUACCUGGGAACCAGCUCAAGCUUUCCGCAGGAUACAGAAAAAAUUGUAUCGGUGUUUUAUACUCUCUUGCUGCCAGCACUGAAUCUUCUGAUAUACAGCGUGAGAAACAAAGAGGCCAAGGAAGCCAUGAAAAGAAUGCUUAAGAGAAAAGUAUUUGCUCAGUAA